AUUGGAUUUGAGCCACUUCAGCCUGCAGUGUGAACGCAGAGUGAUACGUGCUUUCACGUCUCCAAAACACCAGAAAAAGUCCCUAGAUUUCUCGCUAGUCGCUUUUGACAAAAAGUCGCCAAGAGGAUUUGGAAAGUCGUCAGAUUUAGCGAGAAAGUCGCCAAGUUGGCAACACUGCUUAUAGUGUUUAUUGGCGGUUUGCAAGCCAACCUAAGGCGCAUUACCGCCACCUGCUGGGCUGGAUGCUGGCACGCUUCUUUUCUUAAGUUAAUUGCAGGUCGCAACUGGAUAACUGCGGUCACUGAUCUUUUGCAACCAAUAUGAAAAUGGCUCCUAAUGAGACCACAUCGACCUGUCCAGAGUGUGUCCAGCUUCUCGCUUAGUGUCAGCUGGGAUUGAAUCCAGCCCCCCGCAACCCUCUUCAGGAUAAGCAGGAUGGAUAAUGGAGGGGUGGAUGAGACCACUUUCCACAUUCAAGUCUAGAAGUUGGCGCUGCAUCCUCGAGUGGUUCCCUCGCUUCAUACAAGACGCCUCAAAAAUCUGUGGCUCUUCUGCAGGGGCUUUGAUAGCUGCUGUUCUUACUCUUGGAAUUCCCCUUGAAAAAUAUUGUGCUGACCUGAUGUUCAUGGCUAAAGAGGCCAGGAAGCGCAGACUAGGGCCCCUGCAUCCAGCGUACAACCUGCUGCAGCUUGUACAAGACUCUCUGCUGAAGAACCUUCCAAAAGAUGCACAUAUUAGGGUCUCCGGGAAGCUGUGUGUGUCCCUGACCAGAGUGCGUGAUGGGAAGAACAUGCUAGUGUCAGAGUUUGACAGCAGAGAGGAGCUCAUCCAGGCCCUUUUAUGCAGCUGCUUUGUUCCAUUCUACUGUGGUGUUAUUCCACCCACCUAUCGUGGAGUGCACUGUGUGGAUGGUGCCAUCAGUGACAACCUGCCUCGUUGUCACCUGACAGACACAAUCACAUUCUCUGCGUAUGCUGGUGAGAGUGACAUCUGCCCCCGAGUGAGCACACCCAACUUGCAUCAGGUGCGCUUCAGCAACGUUAGCAUCCAGGUCAACUCAGAGAACAUGUACAGAGUGACAAGCACCUUCUUCCCUCCACAGCCUGAGGCAAUGGCUCAAAUCUGCCAGAAUGGAUACAUGGAUGCUCUCCGCUUCCUGCAAGACAACAAUCUGAUCAGCAGUGAGUGUCCACGAAGACGUUUGGAAAUGCGUGUGCUCAGACCUGCUUGCUGUGAGCUGGUGAAGCAUGUGGCUGAAGAGUCUAAUGAGAAGACACCACAGAAUCAGCAGAAACUACAUCAGAAAGCGCACGUUUGGCUGGAUCCCCAGCUCAUAGAGAACCUCCCAGUUAACCUCAAGAAGGUAUUGUGUGAAGCCUGUAAAGAGGCACAUCCUUCUGGUGGUCUGUUGUCCCACAUGACCGAGUAUCUGCCAAAGAAAGUGUCAUCUUACCUGCAGAUCCCUCGUACUCUCCCCGUGGAGUCGGCCCGCUCUCUGGCACAGAGACUAGUGGAUUGGAUCCCAGAUGUGUCCAAAGACAUGAGCUGGCUCUCUGGUAUGGCUGGAAACCUAUACAAACAAGCUUGGAAAGACAGUGUGGAGGAGAGUGACAGUGAGAUGCCACUGCGCAGAAGUACCAGCCUGCCCCUGGGCCUGAACCUGUGGGCUCAAGGAAAAGAAAAUGGAAACGAUCUCCUGAUGACCCCAGAAGCCACACCCACCUCCAGUCUCACCUUCACCUGGAACGCGCACAGCGAGGGGCUCCGUGUACCUUUGACUCCACCUGCUACGCCCACCCUCAGCCCUACCUCAGUGUUUGAUGAAGCUGCCACAACGUCACCGAAGAGCACAGGUAGAGGAUGGGGUUUGAGCAGAGCUGUGGGGUGGUUCCGAAAUAUCACAUCUGAGUAAACUUAAUGUCUCAAGAAAACUGAUUCAGUGUCCCCGUCUGCUUUCAAUUAAAUAUAUUUGAUAUUGCACUUAAAAGCGAGAAAAUGUUUAAUAAAUGAAUGAAAACA